UAUCAUAUUAAUGUAUAUAUUCAGACUACUGAAUUCAUACAUUUUGAAUAUUUUUAUAACAAGUCCAUAAACAAUUUUUUUUAACAAUGUAAACUGAUGCUCAAUUAUUUUUGAGUCCUCUUAUAAAAUUUUAUAUAAUUUUCUUUACUAUAUCUACAAAUUUAUUUUGAAGUACAUAUAAAAAGAAAAAAAAAAGAAGCUGUAAAUAUUGCAAAAUUAUUAAUAUAUUAUAUCAAUAUAAAAUGUCUUUAAUAUUGGAAGAUAAAACAGAAAAUGAAGUUAUGUCCAGUGAAACAGAAUCUGUACAGGACUAUUAUUCUUAUAUUUCAAAUGAAAAAUAUCUCUCUUCUAGUGACUCAACGAUAACAAGAGAAUCAUGCAUUUUUAAACCAUUUAAAUGUUCCUGUUAUGAACAUUUGCAAUCAAAAAAACUCACGUGCAAUAAAGUAUUAGCACUCAUUUGGGCAUUAACCAGUGUUUUAAAGUACCGUCCAGUAGAUCCAAUAUAUUAUAUAUCGUAUCAACUAUUACAUUGGAGAUAUAAUAAUGUUCCAAAAAAAUAUAUAAAAGAUGUUGUAGAUUAUAUGAAUUCGCAAUUAUAAUAAUAAAAAUUGAUUUUUCUUAAAAAUUUCAUUUAUUUGACAAUUAUACUUGUACAUUCGUUACAAAUUUAUUAGAACAAGUUUGUUUUAGUGCAAAAUCUGCAUAAGAGUAUUACAUAGAACGAAAUGGAAUGAUUAAAUACCGGACGUGUCACAAUAAAAAAAUGAAAUGUUUUAACACAUUUUGGCAGUGUUCUUUACAAUUUGUCUUAUAAAAUGUAAAGUAAGUUGUAUAGGUUUAUAUUCAUUUUGUAUAUACAAUAAUCAAAAUGAAUGUAGUAAAAUCAAUACUCUAUAUCAUUUUCAAAUUCUUAAAAUAAUAAUAAUAAUAAUAAUAAUAAUAAUAAUAUUAAUAAUAAUAAUAAUAUGAUGGAUAAUCUUAAAUAGUUGUGUAAAGAUGAGAUACAAGGGAUUCCAGAUACUUGUGAAUUGUGAUAGUUUAAAUCUUGGAAUGCCUUGCAUAAUAAUACAAUAGCCAACAAUAUAUAAUGUUCACUGAAACUUCACUUCCUGCAUGUGUACAAUAAAAAAUUAAUUUUCAUACAAAAAAAGUAUGACAAAUAAUGCUGGUUUCAAGGAAGUAAUCAUUUCUUACAUGCUAAAAUCAAAUAAAAUUAUUGGUCAUACUCCAUAAAUAUUAAGUCAAUAAAACAUUGUUUAUAAAUCAUUGGACAUGUGAAUUAUUUUUAUGUAUCUAUAUAUGUCAUGUAUUAUAUUGUACUUAUAUAAUAUAAAAAUUUCUAUGGGUGCAAUGAUUCAGGUACUACCGUAAUGAAUCAAUGGUAUAGAUUACAAGAUUAUAAAUUCACUACAAUGAAUGAUAGAAAUAAAACUUUCUUAACAAUUUCCAGUUCCCAGCACUUUUUCUCAUACAAAUAAUCACUUUCACUGUGGUUAAAAGUUACAGCGAACUCCAAUAAAAUAGCAACGUAUCAAAAUAUAUUUUUGCAUCUAUAUGUUUGGUCUAUAUCCUGAGCUACUAACAGAAAGGGAUUACUAUUAUAGAUGAACUGUCAUUUACAGAUUAAGUAAAAAUUGGAAGUACAAAGUAGAGUAAUAGCUAAGUCUAUGUUUUAUAUGGACGUAUUUUGCAGUCUGCUAAGACUUUUUUUUUCAAGGAAAUGAGCAUUUCUAUGCUGCAACUGUUUCUGGACCCAAGCAAAGAUAGCUUAAAUCUUUUUACAAUGCAUCCCUGAUGUUAGGCUGAUGUUGUUUGUUGGGAUAUGAUUACACUUGUAUAUAGAAUUAAAACAUUCUUUCCGAUUUUUUUUUCUUUCUUUCUUUCUUUUUUUUUUUUUCCUCUUUUCUUUUCUUUUCUAUAAAGAUGUGGUAAUCAUUGUAUCCCAUGUAUUUAUCAAUCCAAGGAAUUGUCUAAUAAUUAAACAGAAUAUACUGGAAGUUUAUUAAUUUUAGCUUUCUCCUCUUCUGUAUCAUCUCGACAGAUCAUUAAUGUAUGAGAAACGCCACAAGUAACCGCUGUAAUGUAUAAACCUUCUAAAGCUUUUACUUCCAUAGGAGUAGUUGAUGAUUUACGCAUUUCACCAAAACCCUGUAAGUAUUUUAUAAUAUUUUUUUUUUCUCUUAUCAUAAAAAUAGAUAAACUAUUGUAGCUUAUAAAAUAUUACUUACCAAUUCUCCAAAGGUCGGACUACCUCCCCAGGCAAUAACAGAAUCAUCUGCGGCAACUACUAUACUACUUUGUGAACAUCCAAUACAUCUGAUUUCCCAACCUGAUAAAUCCUGAAUAGGUUUUGGAUACAUAUUAGCUUCUCCUGUACGUUUAGUUUGUCCAAACAUAAGUGCUGAACCAUGAACAUUAAUUGCAAUACUAUAAGUACUACCACAAGCGACAGAUCUAACACCUCGAUUCGGUGGUUCAAGAAAUUUAAUUAAACGUGGCACUAAUUCAUCUCUUUGUUCGUUAUGGCCUAAUCGACCGAUUCCUCCAAAUCCCCAUGAAAAUGCACGAUUUUUACUAUCAAUAGCAACCGUGUGAUAAUGACCACAACUGAAAUCAGUAAUUUCAACACGAUCUAAUGGCGUGACAUGACCGUCUUUACCUCUCUCUACAUAUAAAACGAUUCGUUUAGGCACUUUCUCGAAGUGAAACGCCAUCUUCGUAUUUGUUAUAAAAUAUUUUCCAUCUGUAUUAUGACCUAAUACACCAUAUUCUGGACAUCCAAAUGAAUGUAGGCCACCUUUAAUAUCUAAGAUCAUAGAAAAUUCUGCCCCACACCCUACUUUUACUAUGGGAGGUCCAGAAUAUUUAACUUUUGUAGCUUUUAUUAUACAAGGAUCAGAUUUUCCUACCCCACAUUGUCCUAACUUAUUGUCCCCAGCGGCAAAUACUAAACCACGACUGGUUAAGAAAAGCGUAUGAUUUCGACCGCAAGAUGCUGCUAUAAUAGUGUGUCCCUUUAAUGCUUCUACUUCGGUUGGUUCAUCCCGACGUUUAGUAUCACCAACACCCAACUGACCUACAAUCGAUUGAC